GCAGUUGACCGUCUCUCCCGUGUUCACAGACCGCUGAGGAUCCCAGACGGUCGACAUGGGCCGGUGGACGCUACACAACGUUUUGUUUCUCCUGCUUCUCUGCAGCUCCGAUGGACAGUCUGAUGGCCAUAGAAGAAGGGGCUUCUGGAGUAAAAGCCGACCAAGUCGGAUGUUGACAGUUCGUUCUACACCGAGGUUCACUCUGCUGGCUCCAGACCUGCUGAGGACAGACAGCCAGGAGAACAUCUACCUACAGGCAGACGGUCUGUCCAGCCCCGUCACCGUCUCCAUCUCCAUCUCGGACUUCAGUAAGACCACCAUGCUCCUCCAGGACUCCGUCACACUCAAUCCGGAAAAUGGAUUCCGCGCUCUCAAGGAGAUACAGCUGCCCUCAGAUCGCUUGAAUCGCGAAGAGAAAACGAACAAGUUUGUGUAUCUGAAGGUAGACUUCGAGAACUACCACUCAGAGGAGAGGGUACUGAUGGUGUCCUUUCACUCCGGGUACAUCUUCAUCCAGACGGACAAACCCAUCUAUAACCCCGGAGACACCGUUCGAUUCAGAGUCUUCGCGUCUUCUCUGUCCUUCAAGGCGUUCGACAACUCCGUCACAAUAGAUAUUCAGAAUCCAGACGGCAUGGUGGUCAAACAGAACUCCAGGAUCAGACCUGCUGAUGGCACCUAUGCCGACAUGUUUCCUCUCUCUGAAUAUGUCAAUGAAGGAAAAUGGACGGUGACUGCAAAGUUUGACCACUGGCAGCAGAACUCGUUCACCUCUGAGUUCGAGGUGAAGAAAUACGUGCUUCCUGCCUUCAAUGUUACUUUGACGCCCAAGAAGUCCUUCCUCAACCUGGAUGACAGCGAACUGGAGGUAGAGGUCUCGGCCAGGUACCUGUACGGGGAGCCGGUUCAGGGGACGGCCUACGUGGUGUUUGGGGUGAAGAUCAACCAGGAGAUGAGGAGGUUGCCUUCAGUGAAGCAGGUGUCAAAUCUGGAGGGAGGAGUCGUCAGUCUGAGCAUGGAGGAGCUCAAGACAGCUUACCCCGACUUCAGGUCUCUGGUGGGAAAGUCUGUGUAUGUGAAGGCCUCCGUGCUCACCAAGUCAGGCAGCGACCUGGUUGAAGCAGAGAAGACUGGCAUUAAAAUUGUGGAGUCUCCGUACGUCGUCUCCUUCAAAGACAUACCGAAGUACUUCAAACCGGGCCUGCCCUUCGACUUCACAAUCCAGGUGAGCCGCCAUGACGGCUCCCUGGCCCGAAACGUUCUGGUCGACUUGAAGCUGCUGAACUCGCCCGUGGUCGUCUCCUCCGGCACCGGCAGAAUCACCAUCAACAUGCCCGCUGAUAGACGCCCACAAACCAUCACGGCUGAGACCAUGCAGGCUGACCUGAGACCAGAGCAGCAGGCCAAACAACGGGUCACCGUCCAGCCGUACGUCCCCUUCAACUACCAACAUCAGAACUACCUGUACAUCUCCACAGGGACCACCGCGGUGUCCGUAGGAGACCUACUGCCCCUGAAGCUGACCGUCGCUCCCGCAGACCCGACGCACAGACAGUUCAUCACACACAUCACCUACCUGGUGCUGAGUAAAGGCAAAAUCAUUGUUGCCGAGCGCGUGGAGGUGACGGGCCAGCUGGUCACCGGCGUCGGGCUGACGGUCACCCCGGAGAUGAUGCCGUCGUUCCGUUUCGUGGCGUUCUACGGUAUUCCCUGGGAGGGGCGGGAGGAGGUGGUGGCGGACUCCAUCUGGGUGGAUGUGGCAGAUUCUUGCGUUGGAGGGCUGAAAGUCGGGCCGGUGGACGGCAACCGUCGAGACUACAUGCCCGGGAAGAGCUUCAGGUUUCAGGUCAGAGGUGAUCCGGGGGCCAAGGUCAGCCUGGUGGCUGUGGACAACGCCGUGUAUCUGCUCAACCAGGACAGACUGACACAGAGGAAGAUUUGGGGCGCGGUGGAGCACGGAGACAUCGGCUGCACCAGAGGCGGAGGCAGAGAUGCCACAUCGGUGUUCUCAGACGCUGGACUGCUCUACGCCUCCAGCGCCGGGUUCAAAACCCAAACCAGACAAGCCCUGCAGUGUCCACGUAGUGCCAGAAGGAGGCGCUCUGCCGAACUUUUGCAGCGUAAAGCACAGCUGGAGAGUCAUUACAAGGAGAAGCUGCAGCGUCGCUGCUGUAAGGACGGCCUCAGGGAGAUCGCCAUGCCGUACUCCUGCAUGCGGCGCUCCCUCUACAUCACGGAGGGCUGGGAGUGCAUCAGGGCCUUCCGCUACUGCUGCGCCACCUUCAGGAACCAAGCGUUUAACACGGAGAUCCCCACCACCCCGCCACCCUUCACCACAGCUCCCACCACCACCGCUCAAGCCACCAGGCCCUCUGUUCCAUCCGAUCCUUUUAAUAGAGUGCACUAUUGGGAAACGGUACGUGUAAUGGCUAGACCUCAAAGUCCGCAUCAAUUGCCUAUCCUUAUUGGACAGCCUGGAAUGAGUGGACUGCGCCCGACCUAUUCAAAUGCUAACAAAAUGGCAGAAGAGGAAGAUGAAGAAGAGGAGGAAGAGGAGGAAUACCUGGAUGAGACUGAAGUGUAUCUGCGAUCCAAGUUCUACGAGUCUUGGCUGUGGACGGAUGUUAAGCUGCCCAGCCGGGCUGACAGAGACGGGUUGGCGUUGAUGAACCUGGACCAUGCUUUACCAGACAGCAUCACAGAGUGGGGGGUUCUGGCCAUCAGUGCAUCACCUCACACAGGUUUCUGUGUUGCGGAGCCUUACAACGUCAAAGCAUGGAAGCGGUUCUUUGUGGACCUGAAGCUGCCGUAUUCAGUGGCGAGGAAUGAACAGGUCCAGAUCAAAGCGGUGGUGCAUAACUACGGCUACGAAAACCUGCAUGUGAGGGUGAUGCUGAUGAAGACAGAAGGUAUUUGCAGCAUUGCCUUCAAGAAGAAACACACACAGGAACUGAUGCUGCUGGCCGGCUCUUCUGUGGCGGUGCCUUACACCAUCGUGCCGCUGGUGGUGGGGAAACUUCCUCUGGAGGUGAUGGUGGUAGCCAGAGACUUGAUGGGAGGAGACCGCAUCCAGAAACAACUUCGGGUGGUGCUGGAUGGAGUGCAGAAGACUGAAGUUUGGAGUACGGUGUUGAACCCGUCUGCUGAGGGAGGAACACAAACUGUUCGUGUGAGCAAGAUGGAACUGAAGUCAGUUGUGCCGAACUCUGUGCCAGAGACAUUCAUCAAUGUCAGAGGCAACGUGUUGGCAGACAGCAUCGAUAACUCCAUCAGUGACGACUCCCUGGCCUCUCUGAUCCGGAUGCCCGGCGGCUGUGUGGAGCAGAACUUGGCCAGCAUCACUCUGCCGCUCAUCGCCACCCUCUACCUGGAGCGAACCAACAACUGGGAGAGUGUAGGGGUGGAUCGCAAGGCUGAGGCUCUCCGCUACAUCAGGAGAGGCUAUGAGAACCAGCUGGCUUACAGAAAGAGUGAUGGCUCUUACCCCCCCUACAGGAGGGAAGGUGCAAGUACAUGGAUCACGGCGUACGUGGUGAAAGUUUUCUCCAUGGCUCACGCCAUCACCGGCAUCGCCGAGCAGCAGGUGUGCGACCCUCUGCUCUUCCUGGUGAAGAACAAGCACCGGCUCCAAAGGGGCAACUUCGUGGAGAACAACCCGGUUUACGAUACUACCAUGACGGGCGGUCUCCGUGGUGACGAUCCUGAAAUAACCCUGACAGCCUUCGUCCUCAUCGCGCUCGCUGAGGCCAAGCAGGCCAGGAUCAGCUGCGCCGGUCCCAACAUAGAGGUGGUUAUCCGUAAGACGGCUGAAUACCUGAAGAGAGCGCUGGUGGUGACGGGGAGGCGACCGUACACCGUGGCCAUCGCCUCCUACGCGCUGGCUCUGCUGGGCAAAGCUCAACCCUACAACCCGAUACCAUCGUUACUCAGCGCUGCAGCUCCAGGUGGCAGCCACUGGCCCGACACACACAACACCUUGUUCACCUUGGAGGCGACCGGCUACGCCUUGCUGACUCUGGUCAAGUUGGGGCUCAUGGAGGAAGCGGCGGCGCCGUUCAAAUGGCUGAACAACCAGCGGAGGAGAGGAGGCGGCUUCGGCUCCACUCAGUCCACCAUGGUGGUGCUCCAGGCGCUGUCAGAGUACCUGAUCAACAAACCUCCUCCUGUUGACCUCAGUCUGGAUGUGGACGUCAGGAUGACGGGACGCAGGGAAAUCCGCUACCAAUUCAACCACGAUACCGCCUACGUGGGUCAGUCCUCCAGGUUGCCGGCUAAUCUUGAUGUGGAAGUGCAGGCUCGAGGGAACGGACAGGGAAUACUGGAGGUUGUGACGUAUUACAACCAGCUGCAUGAGGUGGAUGAGAGAAUGCCCUGCAAGGCCUUUGAGCUCAACGUCACUAUUGAAGAAUCCAGCGAAAAGCCUCCAGCUGAUGUAGAAAAAUCCUACCAGAUCACCAUCAAAGUGCGGGCUUUAGGACUCAGAGAUGUCCGGAUGGUGGUUCUGGACAUCAACCUGCCCACCGGCUUCACCCCAGAAAACUCCGACCUGGAGAUGCUUUCAAACUCAGUGGACCGUUACAUCAAUAACUUCCAGAUUGUUGAUAACCUGAGUGACAGAGGCUCUCUGAUCAUCCACCUGUUCAAGGUGUCUCACAAAGAGCCGGAGAUCCUGAUCUUCAGGCUGCAGCAGAGCUUCAAAGUGGGCCUCCUCCAGCCGUCCUCGGUCACCGUCUACGAGUAUUACAACCCAGGUAGGACGAACACGUUCUGACCACCACAUCCAGGA